UGAAGUGUGAGGUCUGCAGUGCCCGAAGGUAUCCCGGGAACGCGCCGCUCGCGUCGCCCGCGCGCUGCACAUCCAGGAAGCGGAACGAAUGAAGUUCAUUUCUCACAGCUGGUGAUGGCGGAUGCUGUCGAAAUAGAGACCAUGAAGAAUUAUAACAUAGCGUUUGAGAGGAUAGACCCGAGCAUUAGCCGCUACCCCUACUGUAUUGUAUGGACGCCAAUCCCCGUGCUAUCAUGGCUGUUUCCAUUCAUUGGCCACAUGGGCAUCUGCACCUCCUCUGGAGUGAUCCGGGAUUUUGCAGGUCCAUACUUUGUCUCAGAGGACAACAUGGCGUUUGGAAGACCGACGAAGUACUGGAUGUUAGACGUCAGUAAAGUGUAUGCCAGUGGAUCUAAUGCGUGGGACACUGCAGUUCACAACGCAUCAGAAGAGUACAAACAGAGAAUGCACAACCUUUGCUGUGACAACUGUCACUCGCAUGUGGCCAUGGCCCUGAACCUGAUGUGCUAUGAUAACAGCACCUCGUGGAACAUGGUGAACCUCUGCCUGCUGGCACUCAUUCAUGGCAAACACGUCAGUUGUGUAGGCUUCCUGAAGACCUGGCUGCCUUUCUGCAUCUUGACCAGUGUCCUCCUGGCUGUGACUCUGUCUCUAAACCUGCGAUGACCCAGCGGGGUCACAUAGAGGCGAACAGUGCCCAUAGGAGACCCAUCGCUCCAGCUCCAGCGGGACUCCAGUGAAGGUCAACUUGACGUCCAGUUCUUCAAAGUGCAGAGGACCUCAACAUCAAAAAUGAAAUGCUAGACCUCUUCGUCGUAGGGUAGAGACAGCAAAUACACCAUGGCUUGAACGUCUUGUGGUGAUGUACGAAACGCUAUUUCGUACGAAACGUCUUAUAUUUUAAAUAUAACUUGAAUAUGAAUUUCUCAUGAUGCUAGGUUCUUUCUGAGAAGAUAGUUUAUUGCAGAAGCAAUGCAUUCUAUAUUAAGAGAUUCUGGAAGAUGGAUAAAAAACGUAUUUAAAUUAAUACUUUUCAUAUUUAGUUUCUUUUAAGAGUACCCUUUUAGUCAUUUUAUUGGCAAGGCUAACCAUCAAUAUAAAUGGCUUUUUAUAUUGUAGCUUGGCAUGCUUUAAAGUCUAAUUGUUUUUAUACAAAAAUCAAAUUAACAUAUAGCAUUCAAAAAUUGCUAGUUAAUUAAUAAGCACAUCUUGUUUGCAUUAUGUAUUUGAAAGCAUUAUUUGCAUUGCCUGGCCAGCUAUAUUGCAUAAGUUAUAGUAUUAAUGAAUUUUCUUUUUUAUGGCACAAACCAUUAUGAAAUCCCAUUCAAAAGUGACAGGAUUUGAUUUUAUCCAUUGGGAAUUGAUUGAGUCUGGAAAAAAGCAUGCAUUCCAUAGCAGAACAGGCCAGACAUGAAUGAAGUUUAAGUGGCUUUGGUUAAUUUGAGGAACGUUUAUGAAGACAGACAUUUAGUUACAAAUGUUAACAUGCACUAACAAAUCCUGCACAGUAAGACCAGGAAUGAAGGAGAGUAAAUGAGUUGAUAAUGUUGCCUUUGAUAAAUCUUUGUUUUCCUGAGAAUCACUUGAGUCACUUUUCAGGGGUUUCAGGUGUUCUCUUUGAAGGUUUUACUCUUUCAAUGCUUCCAAUGUCUGUUUUCAUAAGAAAUAUCAAAGGUAUUUUGUUAUAUUGACUGUUGACUUA